CCGCAACAUAAUGCUCAGACCAACUAACUAGUUGGUGGCUAUUUUGGAACAGAUAUCACUUGAGGUCAACAGGUACAUUGAAGACGAAGCUGGAGCUAUGGCGACAGGAGAGAUUACACGGGGAGCUUAUUGCUGCAAGGGAGGCAAUAUCAAGACUGCAGGAGCAGCUAAAGCACGGGAAGGGCGGGCAGCCGCAGCAGAACAGCAGCUACCUCUGCCCCACCCCUCUGAAAUGGACACCCAGGGAAACCCCACGGUGGACAAUGCCGCAUCCGGCAGUCCACGUGAGGCGUGCAGCUCGAACCCCCCGGCCCCACAGGCCCAGCAGGAGGGUUCCACUGCGACUUCUGUGGGAACCCUCGACGCUGCACCAGUCCUGCAGCAAGGAGAGACCACGACGGCCUUCCUGGCCCGCCUGGGCACCUACAUGCAGCAAGUCCGAGAGGAGCAGCAACGCGAGGCGGCAGCCGAAGCAGCACGCCUUAAUGCCAUUGCACGCGCAGAAGAGCAACGACGCCGGCAGCAAGCUGACGCCCCUGCCAACCACGACAAAGCUCGAAGAGAUGUCGUGUUUGUCCUCAUGCAGCAGGAAGCCGCUCAUACCGCCGCACUCCAAGCAUGGCAUGUUGAUCCGGCGGAAACGACGGGACCAACUACGGAGGACCAGACUAAGUCAGCUCUCGCCAGCAUGAUGCGCCAAGUCAUCCUCACUUGUAACUGGCAACAAGUGGAGCUGGCUUGGCAGGCACGUACCAUUACUAAGUACGAGGAGACUCUCAAGAGCCUCCACGCCCGCCUUGACAUGCUGGAGAAGGAUGACGUGCCGCACAGGCACACGACAUCGUCAAGCAUUGAACCAUCGAUCCCCGAGCUGGAAGGACGGCUGGAUCACCUAGUCGCGCUUGUCGGCAAUUUGAAUAGUUUCCGACACCCGACGACCAUCAGCCAGCAAAUAGCCGCCCUACAAGCAGAUCUGCGUCAACUGCAGCAGCAACCAACUGGGACCUGCAACAACGUGACGCCGAAACAAUUCAAGAUGCCGAAGUUCAGCAUCGACAAGUUUGAUGACUACCACAAGGCGGAUCCCAUCAGUUGGUGGCAAGGGUUCACCAAUGAGCUCUCCAUCCACUUGGUCCCGCCCGAGUCUAAGAUCUCAACGUCUACCUCUGCAGCACUGGUGCCAGCCAAUGUACCAACUCCGCUGAUGGAAGACGGAGUAGCGGUUGUUGACCUCCGCGAGUACAUUGCGAAGAUUGACCGCGAGUACGCCACGCAACGGUACGACGACACCGACGCGCCAUUACUCUACGUCCGCAUUCAGAUCGAGAAGCCUUCGUGCAGCGCCUUGAUUGAUUGUGGAGCUACUCGCAACUACAUCAGCCAGGAUUUCAUGACCCGCGCCGGCCUUGGGCCGCGCGUUCGAAGGAAAUCGCAGCCCGCUCAAGUCACGUUGGCCGACGGUCGUAUGCACAAGUCCAUUGACCGGUGCAUUGACUCUGUCCCCGUGUACUUCGCCCCGCUUGCACGCGAGGCCAUGUCCUUUGACAUAUUGGACACAAAGUUCGACAUGAUCUUGGCAUUCGACUCCAUCGCACGGAACGACGUGGAGGAAAUGGGCAUUUGUUUCUUGCACGCCCUCCCUCCUCCUGACGAGCCAGCGGCGGAACAGCCACCGGACCCACGCACUGUACAGCUUCUUGACUCCUAUGGCGACGUCUUUGAAGCCCCCGCUGGAAUCGUACCGAAUCGGCCAAUUCGUCACGAGAUCAUCCUCGAAGACGGGGCUGUACCUCCGCGCGGAUGUAUUUACCGCAUGAGCGAGGAGGAACUCAAAGUGCUUCGAACGCAACUCGAGGACCUCAUUGAUAAGGGCUGGAUUCGCUCUAGCUGCUCGCCCUACGGUGCACCUGUUCUCUUCGUUCGGAAGAAGAACAAGGAGCUGCACUUAUGCAUUGACUAUCGCAAGCUUAAUGCUCAAACCAUUAAGAAUGUCGGCCCACUUCCACGCAUCGACGACCUCAAAUCCGGUUACCACCAGCUCGAGAUCCAUCCAAGAGAUAGGUACAAAACGGCGUUCAAGACACGGUACGGGCACUUGGAGUGGAUCGUAAUGUCAUUCGGCCUUAUGAAUGCCCCGGCCACCUUCCAAGCGGCAAUGACAACGGAGUUUCGCGACAUGUUGCACCGGUUCGUGCUCAUCUACCUCGAUGACAUCUUGGUGUAUAGCCGAACUUUGGACGAGCACAUCGUGCAUCUACGUGCUGUUUUGGACAGGCUACGCACGGCCAGUACAAGGCCAACCGAGCCAGUUUGCCGACGAAGCAAACCCCGCAAUCGCAACCCCUACGGUGAGUUACGCCCGUUGCCUAUUCCAUGGGAACCCGGCCUCUCCAUUGCUAUUUACGUCAUUGGCCCAUUCCCUCGGGACCGCUUCGGGCACGACGGCAUUCUCACGGUCGUUGACCGAUUGAGCAAGUACGCACGAUUUCUUCCGUGCAAGUAUUACGCCACGACUCCUGAACUUGAGCGCCUCUUACACACCGGCUGGAUUUGCGGCCACGGCGUUCUGGAAGACAUCGUCAGCGACCUCAACACUUGUUUCAUGUCGGCAUUUUGGACCUCUCUCAUGAAAGAGUCCGGCACCGAGAUGAAACCAAGUUCGGCUCGGCAUCCGCAAACGGACGGGCAGACGGAGCGGGCACAUCAAACCGCUCAAGUAAUGCUUCGCACACUCAUCCGCACGGAUCAGAAGGAUUGGGCGGAAUGCCUCCCCGACAUCGAAUUCGCCUACAACACUUCAGUUCACCCAGCGAUCGGCGUGACUCCGUUCGAGUUACACCACGGUGGCCGGAAAGGCUGCAUCUUCGCUGAUCUUCCUUUUCCAAGGAAUGUCGACAUUGACGCCGCUUGUUCGCCCGCCUCCGUUCGAAAGUAUAGGGACUUGCUGGCUAAAGCCCGCGCCAACAUGGAAAAGGCUCAAUUCCGCAUGCAACAGCAAGCUAACAAGCGUCGCGGGCCAUGCCCCAUCCACGCCGGCGACCUUGUUUGGGUCUCCACGGAAGAGUUUGCACUCGAGCAUGAUGUAUCCCGCGAGCUACUUCCGAAGUGGUUUGGACCAUGGCCUGUCACAUCAGCCGCGGGUGAUGAGCCCGAUGGCCCCUCAUUUGUGAUCGAAAUCCCGCCUCAUCUCACGGUGCACCCGGUUUUCCACGCCUCCAAGCUGGCCACAUAUACACCAGCCAAGAGCGACGACUUUGCGGGGCGACGAUCACAGGACCCCCCUUCCAUGGACGGUCAUCAGGAAGUCGACCGCGUCAUCACGCAUUGCAAGCAUGGCAACAAGCCUGUGCAGUACAAAGUCACAUUCAAGUGGUGCGACCCCGAUGACACACGAUUGAUUUCCCGGGCAGCUUUGCGAGCCUCCUCGCCUGACAUCUAUGCCCAUUAUGAGAAGAAACGGCUAGCGACGGAAGCUGCACAUUGCGAGCCUCCUCGCCUGACAUCUAUGCCCAUUAUGAGAAGAAACGGCUAGCGACGGAAGUUGCACAGCCUCCCACCCGGACAUCAGUCCCUCCCUCCACCAGACAGCUUCGCCCUUGCAGGUAAGCUCGGUCUUUCAAGGAGGGGGGAGUGUGGCAUACUCCGUACCACACGGGCCCAACAAAGCCCAACCUGGUAG